CUAAGAGAUUCGAAGCAUAACUCUUGUUGUUGUUGUUCCGAAGAUGCAACCAAAAACAGAGUUCGUGAAGUUCUUGGGAAAAGGUUCAUACGGAUCAGUCGAUCUCGUCAAGUACAUCAAACGCAACGACAGCUCUUUGCCGCUAUACGCCGCUGUGAAAACCGCCGAAUGUGAAGACUACGACUCUCUCCAAAGAGAAAUUCAGAUUCUAUCCAAACUCAAAGGAUGUCAAAGAAUCGUGCAAUGCUAUGGGAAUUAUACUUUAGAAGAGGAUUUCGAUGUCAGCGGAUUCCGAGUCUACAAGAUUGUUAUGGAGUACGCAGCGGCAGGGAAUUUAACCACUUUCAUGGACAGUUACAAAGAUAGAAAGUUACCGGAAACGAUGAUCAAAGACUUCACUCGUAUGAUUCUUCAAGGAUUGGUCUCUGUUCAUAGCCUCGGUUAUGUUCAUUGCGAUCUAAAACCCGAUAAUCUACUUGUAUUUCCGUGUAGACAGUCUUACGAAUUGAAGAUUUCAGAUUUCGGUUCUUCGAGAAAAGUAGGAGAAUAUUCGGAUUGCUGGGAAGUUGAUUUACCGUUUGUGGGAACGCCUAUUUACAUGUCGCCAGAAUCAGUCCACAACGGUGUGGCUGAGAAAACCCUAGAUUUGUGGUCGUUAGGGUGCAUAGUACUGGAGAUGUAUACCGGUGUGAGUCCAUGGUCGGAGGUAGAAUUUGAGGAUCUUGCGCCUAUUCUAUUGAAAGGUAAAGCGCCGGAGAUUCCAGAGAGUGUACCGUGUGAUGCAAGGAAGUUUCUAGAAACGUGUUUUGCAAGGAACCCUAAGGAGAGAGGAAGUGCUUCGGAUUUAUUGUUUCAUUGGUUCUUGCGUGGUGAAGUGAUAUCCGGCUUCUCGCUGCCGCCAUUGAAGUUGAAGAUUAAACUAGCACCGGAGAAACCGACGAAUUUUUCGAAGAAGCCCUUGAAGUUAAAGAUUAUUCCACCAAAGCCCCCACAGUUUAAGAAAGUUGAGAUCAAGCCCUUGAAAGUGAAGAUUAUGCCUCUGAAGCCUCCAGCUUCUAGUUUCGUUUCUGUUCAAUAGUGUGUUGAAAAUUCAUCUCUGUUACUUAGUUUAGAAUUGUAGAUCAAGUUACAUGUUGAUACCAAAGUGUAGAUCUCAAUUCACAAUGUGGGUUACACCAUUAACUAUGAGUCUAUGAAAUACAGUUUUGCUUAAAUAACUUCGUCGCGUACACUCAUAUAUGCAGAGAGGCUCAUUCCUUUAUUAAAACCAAAAACCAUUCUCACUUCUCUAUGCUUUGCCUAUCAUCAACCCUUCUUUGUCUGCAACAAAGUUUAGGUCUCUCUAUUUGGGACAUUGGGAUAAUUAAGUAGUCAAGUUGUUCGUUAAAAUGCCUGAGAGAGUCCUUUAAUACUAAUAUAGUAAUAUGAGUCUCGCACGUAUAUUACAAGAUGAAGGAUCACUACGUUUUGCUAUUGAUCUUUUGGUCAGAAACAAGCUCAUGAAGGAAACAGAUCUAAAUCUAAUUAGUUUUCAAGAGUAGAUAAAAGUUGGUACAGUUUCACUUCAAAGGAAACCACUCAUAUAUUCUUCAAACCUU